UUGCUCGUCGCAGGUUGCCGGACAUCUUGGGAGGAGAGAUUCGCCAUGGAACUGGGAGUUAUUCUUCUGGUCGCUCUGGCGACCACCGUCGCUGGUCGGGUGGACUUGUCAACUGGUACUCCCGAAGACAGCUUCCAAGUACCCGUUCGACAGAGCGUGGAGCCGGGGCCACGGGUGGUGGGGGGACAGGUCGCCGCCCCUCACUCCUUCCCCUACCAGGCCUUGCUGGUGUACCACCCCUACGGCAGCAACUACUGCGGCGGCUCCCUGGUCGACAGCCAGUGGGUCCUCACAGCUGCGCACUGCGUCGACCUCGUAAAAGAAUACCCCAUGCAAGUUAUUUUGGGUGUGCACAAUUUGUCCCAAAUGGAUGGCUCUGAAGUGAACCUUACCAGCACAGAAUUCUACAUUCACCCAGGAUGGAAUCGUCAGAACAUAUCUAACGACAUCGCCCUCAUCAAGCUACCCUCAAAGGUACAGUACAACGAGAACAUCCAGCCUGUUAGGCUUCCAGCGAGAUCUCAAGUGACCGAGAACUUCACGAACGACGAAGCUACAGUCAGCGGCUGGGGGUGGGCGAAUCAGUCCGCCAUGGAGCCGAGCCCUGUUCUGCGAUACGUCACCGUGACGGUGAUGAGCAACGAGGCGUGCAGCAAGAUAUUCCACAAAGUCAGGGAUACCAACCUCUGCACUACAGGAGCCGGCGGCAAGAACCCUUGCUACGGAGACAGCGGCGGGCCCCUGGCACUGAAGGGGGCGGACGGCCGGUGGACCCAGAUCGGCGUCGUGUCGUACGGCAGCAACUGGGGCUGCGAGGCGGGACGACCCGCCGCCUACACCCGCGUGUCCAGCUACCUGCGCUGGAUCUCCGACAUCGCCGACAUCGCCGACAUCGCCGCUUAGCCGCUUAGCCUUCUUUUCGCAGACGAGAGAGCCAAACGCCCGAUCGUCCAUCUUCGGUUUUUUUUUUGUUCAAUGUGAAUGUGUUGAUAAAAGGAUACUAAUGGUCAAUUAGGUUAGGUUAGCUCAGGGGCGUAGACACGGGGGGGGGGGGGGUUAGGGGUUCUAACUCCCCCCCCCCCCCCCCCUUAGCACCAAAUCUUUAAUUAAUUUCUUAUUCAUCACUGAAACAAAUUUCAUAUUAAAAUUAAUAAAAUUUUUACCAUUACAAUAUUUAAAUUUAAGUACCGAAAACUGCUAAAAUAGCACUGUUUUACACCUUAAAAUCCUAAUUUUCCCGGGACCCCCACGCUUUAUUACGGGGGGGGGGGGAGGGGGGAAUGCUUCCUAACACCCCUCAUACACAAAUCCUGGCUACGCCACUGGGUUAGCUACAUUAUAAAUACUUUAAAACAUUGUGGAAGGUUGAUUUGGUUAAGAUAGAGGGGACGUGCAUUAACUUCGGGGCACUUCGGGUUUUUGGCUCUCUCGUCUGUGAAAAGAAGGCUUGCUCAGCUAUCCCUCGCUGUGUUCGCUGUGUUCGCUAUGUCCGCCACGCGAGUGAAAUACGGCCAGCUGCAUCUCAGGCGUCGCUCGCCACACAAAGCUGUGUUCGCUAUGUUGGCGACGGACGUCGCUAGGUGUUUGGUUCUAGGGCUAUUUUGUUUUUUUGUUUUUUUCUCAAAGACGUUGACUUCGCUCAUGUGUAGAUAAACAAAAAAUAAUCUGUUUUCGCAAGGAAUCAUGCUGUACUUUUCUGCGUUUGAAUUUUCAUUGGAUUUUAAUUUCUCUCAAAAUUGUUCUUUUAAUGGUCAAGUCGACGGAAAAGUUAAUUGAAAGAUUACGAAAGUAUCCAUGUUCGUGGAAUAAAUCGAUGAAUGAGUAUAGAAGGUCGGAUAUGCAGGACGAUGUCUGGAAUGCUAUCAAACUAAGUUGAAUUUAUCCUGAAAUAAAACAUGAAUUUCGUUUCUACUUCACAAGAAACUGCUUCAUCAAAUGAUCAGAUCCAUAAAAUUCUUUUUUUAUGUAUUAAAUUCAUGAACCCAUUUCUUUUUACGUUUACAUACUGAGAGGGCCAGCAGAAUAUUAUCAUCGCGGGAAUCACCACUCGAAUCCCACGGCAUGCGUCUCUCCGACAUCGCGAACUGGACUAACCUGUCUGGCCACCUGGCGCAGCGAACAUUGCGAACAUUGCAAACAUAGAGAACAUCGAGAACAUAGCGAAACUUUCUGUGUGGCCUCGGCUUUAGAGACUAGCAUUUUGCAAUAUUGGUGCAUUUUGUUUGUAGGUAAUAUUACUUAAGUGUUUUGGCAUUAAAUUGGUUUAAAACAUAAACCGUGUAAGUAACAA